AUCUGAAUAGAGCAUUCACCUUCCGAAAAAGUCAAAUUUGGGCCGUCAACAUCAAUCGAGGAACGCGUCAAAAGGCCGUCGGAAAACAUCACCUUUUCUACGUCUCUGACGAUUGGUUCUAAAACUCACCUCACCACUGGAAGCCUCACUAGACUUCAUCACCACAAUCCAGUUGCCAACGGAUAUCUGCCAUCAGCGAGCCAAUAUGGCGGAUUUCUUAUGGACAAAACCGUUGCCUCCCCGACGAAGAAGAUCAGAGCUGACGCUGAGCAAUCCGCCUCCCGAUGAAGAAGACUCUGCUCCGGACCUCGGCGUUCCCCCUAUUCGAUCGCGCCAGUGGAAGCCCAUCCCUCGCAUUGCGAGUCUCGAUGUUCUUAGUGCUGCUAAAUUGGGCACAAGCAACUGCCCAAGCAUCAGAUCAGACGGCUCGCAGUCGUCCUCACAUCGGCUGUCGCCAUCCCCAGCAGAACCAACUGAGCCAGCCGAUACAGUCUGGUAUCAAGAGCGAGACGAGACGGAACGGGCUCUCUCGCUGGAGCAAAUGAUCAAUGCGUUACACUACACGAUGAUGACCAAGAACGUUCUCGAUCCAGUUCCCAGAGAGUAUAACUCUUAUAUCCUACAUUUGUUGGAGGGUUACUGGGAUCUCCAGGAGCGACUGAAGAAGACAGAGCAGGAGCUCGCAGAGGAAAAGGAGACAAAGUUGAAGAGUCUUGAAGAGUUCACCAAGAUGUCUGAGGAGUGGGAGUCGAAGGAGUCUGACUUCCGCGCUGAGAUCAAACGUAUGGAACUAGUUCUCGUUGAUGCAGCGCCUGAGGGUGUUGGUGCAGUAGUUCUGGCCAGGUCUGGCAGUCUCGUCGACAGAAGCGCAGGAUCAUCUCGACUCUUCAAGGCCAGGGUCGAGAAGGCCAAAGAAAGUCCUCAGAAAGGUGAUUUUGGCACCAGCAAAGCCGGUAGCCUAGAUAACACGCGGAUCUCUAUAGGCUCUGGAAGUCCCCGCCUGAACCAUCAAACCUUCUGUAGGCACAUAGAAACAUCUGUCUACUCAGUUUUACCGUGCUGAACGACGACAGCAACGGGCCUCGAGACGCAGGAGGAAGGAGGGCAUCUUUCCGCCGGUCAACGUGGCAUGGGAUAGUUCAUCGGAAGAAGAAGCAAACAAGUCAGCAUCAUUUCAGAAGACAGACGGGUUGCCUGGCUCGGAGUUCAUGAAGCCUCGACUAUCACGGCGAGCAGCACCAUCUGCACAGACCGCCAACCUAGAAUCUUCCGCCAAGGAAACCGCCGUGUCUCGAACGGGUGAGCAUGACGAUGCACAUUACCGACCUGACCACGCACCCCAUACCGGCGCGGAAUCGGCUGA